GUACUAAUAUUAUUAUUAUUUUUUAGGUAGUAGUAAUUUCCGUCUAAAAUUAAAGUACCUUUUUUCUCUUCAAUUUUGAUUAUCACUACCACUGUUGUAGUGCCAGCUUAUAUGUUCCUCUCUCAUUCAUCAUACCUUGCUUGAUAUUCAUUCAUUUAUACAGAGAAAAGAAGAAAAAAAAGUUUCAGUGAGCAAAAACAGCAAUGGAAGCUGCUUCACCUAUCAUCAACAGGACUGGCUCUUAUUAUAACUUGUUAAUCUCUUUUACUAGAGAUUUUUUGAUUUCUUCCUCUGGAGCUCAGGUAAAAGUUGAAGAAUUAGAAGGAAGAACAAUUGGACUAUAUUUCUCAGCAAAUUGGUUUAGUCAGUGUCAAACUUUUACACCAAUUUUAGCAGAUAUAUAUAACCAAUUGAAAGAACAAGGAUCAAAUUUCGAAAUAGUAUUUGUUUCUUCUGAUGAAGAUCAGAUUUCCUUUGACAAUUUUUAUAAGACCAUGCCAUGGUUAGCUAUUCCUUUCUCUGAUUUACAAUCUAAGAAGAGCUUAACACAAAAGUUUCAAAUUGAAGGAAUCCCAUCUCUAGUAAUUGUAGACGAAUUUGGCGAACCAAUUCAAACAGAAGGAGUGGAACUCAUAUAUCGAUAUGGAGUUCAAGCUUUUCCUUUUACGUCCGUUAGGAUAGCGGAAUUGGAAUCGGAAGAGAAAGCUAAUCAAGCUUCUCAAACUAUUGAAAAACUUCUUUCAACCCAUGCUAGAGAUUAUGUGAUUAGCAAAAAUGAACAAGUGCCUGUUGCUCGUUUGGUGGGGAAAACGGUCGGCUUGUACUUCUCGGCUUCCUGGUGUCCCCCAUGUGUAAAGUUUACGCCGAGAUUGGCUAGUGUUUAUAAUAGUCUAAGAGAUAAGAAACUUGACUUUGAGAUUGUUUUCAUUUCGCUUGAUCGAGAUGAAGAAGGAUAUCUUAGCUGCUGCGAGUCAAUGCCAUGGCUUGCUCUGCCUUAUGGCGAUGAGAUGGUUAAAGUAUUAUUAAGGUACUUCAAUGUUCAAGCCAUUCCAAGUUUGAUCAUCAUUGGACCUGAUGGAAAAACCGUUACGAAAGAAGGAAGAAACUUGAUUAACUUACACUUAGACAUGGCUUAUCCUUUUACAGAAGCUCAACUUUUAAGCAUACAAGAAAAGAUAGAUGAAGAAGCUAAGAGCUAUCCCAAAGCUAUCUCUCAUAGUGGUCACAAGCAUGAGCUGAGUUUGGUGUCAGCCAGUUCUGGAGGUGGGCCUUUCAUAUGUUGCAAAUGCGAUGAACAAGGUUCAGGAUGGGCAUAUCAAUGUAUUGAAUGUGGGUACGAAAUUCAUCUCAAGUGUGCACAACAAGUGGACGAAGAUGAACAAGUGAAGGAAGAAGCUAAUACUGCUAACUCGUAUUGUGCUUGCAAUGGAAAGUAGAAUGACUGAAGAGACUUUCUGAAAAUUCGGGAGGGGGAAAAAUACAGGCUUGCAAAUGUACAGGAAAGUAAAAAUGCAUGACAAAGUGAAAUGUAAGAGCUAAAGGUAUGGAGUUCUCUGCAAAUGCCGAGAUCUCGCUAAACAAGAGAAAUCGCAAGUAUAUCUACAAUAAACCAGGUAAUUCUCCUCGUCCGUGCCUUUGUGAUGAGAUAGUAUGUGUGUGUGUAAUUUGUAGUAGAUAUCCAACUGUUAUUAGCAUUUUAUAACAGAACCUAAUCUUUUAAAAACUGUAUUCAUGUGGUAAGUAUGCCUUAUAAUGUCUGUGUUAUGUUUCAGAAGUCCAAUAUAUAUGUAAACAGUAAAAUUUCUGAUUUCAUCGGUAAAAUCGAGCUUUCUUCAUUGCCA